AUGAAGGCGUCUCUGGUCUCUCUCCUUACCCUCGCCGCCUAUGCAGUAGCACAGUCCAGCUACGACUCUCACGCUGAUGACGACGAUGAGGACUGCAGCGACGAGUCCUUCAGCAGCACCAUCUUUCCCGCGACUGUCAGCGCCCAAAUGACAUCCUCCACCGUCGCAUCUGCUGCUGAAUAUACUACAAGCGCACUCUUCUCCACGACCGUGUACCCGGUAACUGCCGUUCUCACAUCCGUCCCUUCGGCAGUGGUCCUGCCUUCGUAUGUAGCCUCGUCCAAAGUGCUGGCAACACUUUCGCCCUCGUCGAUCCCUUCGGUCCCGGUGACCUACGUUGCCACUGGGAAGAUCGCUUCGUCUUUGACGGAACAGCUGGCAAAGACUGCUAGCACCACCACUUCUAACUCGACGACAUCGGCGGUACCGAUGGCUGUGGUCACGGCUGGUGCUUCUGCCAACUGCGCACUCGGCGUUGCUGGUGCACUGGCGGCCGCAGCAGCAAUGGCGGUCCUUGUUUGA